UCGCUGCCGGCCGGGGGGCGGCCAUCUUCCCGCUGCCGGUGCCGAGCGGUGGGGUGGACGGGCGGGGUGGGCAGGGGAGGAGGCGCCGGCGGGAGGAUGUUCUCCUUCUCCACUGUGCAGCCCCAGGCUACUGUUCCUCUAAGUCACCUUAUCAAUGCCUUUCAUUCACCAAAAAGCUCCACUGCUACUGCCAACACAGCAUCUGUAAAGCCAGUCCAGAGGGAUGCCUCCCCAGAGCACGAUCCUCAGAAGAGUGAGUCUGUACUUAAUUUAAGAGAUCUGGGAUUGUCUGAUUUGAAAGCUAACCAGUUCAAAGAAUUGGUGAACAGGUUGCUUCCCGGCUACUGUGUAGAAAACAAAGUUUCUUCGCAGUGGCAUACAUCGUACAUCUCUGCUGAGUCCUUCUUUGAAAAUAAGCAUGGUUUUGUGGAUGUUUUCAGUGUUUUACGCUCAUCUUGUUUGUACAGACAGCAUCCCAGUCCUCUCCAUAAUUUCUGCUCAGAUGUUCGGUGUUGGCCAGUUUACAUACAAUCACGGAACUUCAAGACUUUGCGAUCAAGAGCAAGGCGGCUGCAGUCAACAUCUGAACAAUUCACAGAAACAAAAAGUUCACUUUCUUCACUUCUAAAGGGUUUCAUCCUGAGAAAGCGAAGAAUUGAUGUUGAAAACUUAGAUGCACUAAUGAAAACAAAAAACAUCCCAGAGGCACACCAGGAUGCUUUUAAAACUGGUUUUGCAGAAGGCUUUUUGAAAGCACAGGUAUUCCUGCAAAAAACACUUGAUUCCUUAAGAAGAUCACGUUUGCUUUCUUUCUUUCUCUUCGUUCUUUGUUUCUAUCUUGCUAUAUAUUCAUCAUUUUUACCUGGGAAAGGUUCCUUUUCUGAUGCUGUACGCUUUCGAACAUCAAGUAUCUUUGAUGCAGCAGUUGAUCCAAUCCAGCUGAAAAAUGUCACUUUCGAACAUGUGAAAGGGGUUGAAGAGGCUAAACAGGAAUUGCAAGAAGUUGUGGAAUUCCUGAAAAACCCACAUAAAUUUACUGUACUAGGAGGUAAACUUCCGAAAGGCAUUCUGUUAGUUGGGCCACCUGGUACUGGUAAAACUCUUCUUGCCCGAGCUGUAGCUGGUGAAGCUGAUGUUCCAUUUUAUUAUGCAUCCGGAUCAGAGUUUGAUGAGAUGUUUGUUGGAGUGGGAGCUAGUCGCAUCCGAAGCCUAUUCAGGGAAGCAAAAGCAAAUGCACCAUGUGUUAUAUUUAUUGAUGAGUUGGACUCUGUUGGUGGGAAGAGAAUUGAAUCUCCAAUGCAUCCUUAUUCCAGACAGACCAUUAAUCAACUUCUUGCUGAAAUGGAUGGCUUUAAACCUAAUGAAGGUGUUGUUAUUAUUGGUGCAACAAACUUCCCUGAAGCAUUAGAUAAUGCUUUAAUACGUCCUGGUCGCUUUGAUAUGCAAGUUACUGUUCCCAAGCCUGAUGUAAGAGGUCGUACAGAAAUUCUGAAGUGGUACCUUAAUAAAAUAAAGUAUGAUCCAUCGGUCGAUCCAGAAAUAAUUGCACGAGGCACAGUAGGAUUUUCUGGAGCAGAGCUUGAGAAUCUUGUAAAUCAAGCUGCCUUAAAGGCAGCAGUUGAUGGAAAAGAUAUGGUAACGAUGAAAGAAUUAGAAUUCUCCAAGGACAAAAUUCUAAUGGGCCCUGAACGUAGAAGUGUUGAAAUUGAUGAGAAAAACAAAACCAUCACUGCUUACCAUGAAUCUGGACAUGCUAUCAUUGCAUAUUAUACUAAGGAUGCAAUGCCGAUCAACAAAGCUACAAUCAUGACACGAGGAACAACACUUGGACAUGUAUCUUUGCUUCCAGAAAAUGACAGAUGGAGUGAAACUAAAUCCCAGUUGCUUGCACAGAUGGAUGUCUGUAUGGGAGGAAGAGUAGCAGAAGAGCUCAUAUUUGGAAGUGAUCACAUCACAACAGGUGCUUCCAGUGAUUUUGACAAUGCUACUAAAAUUGCAAAACUGAUGGUGACUAGAUUUGGAAUGAGCGAGAAGCUUGGUGUUAUGACCUAUACAGAUACGGGGAAAGUUAGCCCUGAAACUCAGUCUGCAAUUGAACAGGAAGUAAGAACACUUCUACGGGAGUCAUAUGAGCGAGCAAAGAACAUCCUGAAGACUCAUGCUAAAGAACACAAGAAUUUAGCAGAAGCUUUAUUGAAAUAUGAGACUUUGGAUGCCAAAGAAAUCCAAAUUGUUCUAGAGGGAAAAAAACUAGAAGUAAGAUGAUAACUUCUGGGAUGCAGUAACUAUUGAUCUGAAGAAUGUACAUCCAACAAUGCAGUAGUCUUACGCAGCGUAGCCUUUUUUCUCUUCCUGAUGUGUGUAUGGCAUUAGUGACACUUUAAUAUUAUUCUGUCUGUUGUGAGCUUCUGUUACUCAUAUCUCUGUUGUGUCAUCAGAGUAAGACACAUGAAAUAAAGCAAGUUUCUCGUUCUCUGCUCCCUAUGCUCUUCCCACAAGAAGUUAUUCAGAAAGUUAAAUCUCAGGGUUGAAUUCAGCCUUUUGUUUCAGUCACGUGUUGAAGCUGAGAGGAAAAGCACACGGGUGUGCUGGUGUGUUUCAGCAUAGCUUCCUUGCUUAUGCCGCUACAUGUGCGCUUGAAGGGAUACCCUGCAUUAUGUGCUAUGGAAUGUUUUAUGGAUGGUGGCACAUUGAUUUGUACAACAGUAGUGUGUACUCUAAUGUAUCCUCAUACUCUGAGGCUAGAGAUCGCUUUUAAAGAAGACAUUUUAUUUAGAAAUGUAACUAAACAUCUCUAAGAACUAAACCUCUAGACAGUGCCUCUCUAAGGGAAUUUUGGGAGCUCCGUAUUAGACAAAACCAUUAGUGUUUGUGUUUUCAGUGCUCUUGGGGUUAAAAUACACACAUGUAUGUCUGGGAGAGACAUCUUAAUGCAAAAUCAACAGGCUAAACAUGUCUAAGGCUCUUUGGACCAUGUUUUGGGCAGAACUGUGGCAGAGGUAAAUACCUAUGACCUCUGAUGUGCUGCUGACAGGAUUCUUAAGAGUUUUUAUUACUGUGGUAGAUGGAUAGCAGUGCUUUGGCAGUGCUUUAACACUGUGGGAGAUUCUACACAACUAGUUUCUACUCGUACUAUGGAUGCGCGUUUGAUAAUCCAACAGAUCGUUUCUUUAAAGAAGGCAAUAUAAUUCACUGAAGAGUAGUUCAGAAAAUGUUUGAAGCAUGUGUUUCUUCAAAUAACAUUCCUAGAUCUGUUCUACACUAGAAGUAGGGAUAUAAAAUCUUUUCCUUCAACCUUUACAGAAACCUCUGGAAAUUCUAAGAUAAUAAAUUUUUGAAAACAAAAGCAGUCUCAAAUCAAGUGGAAGUGAUCGGUAGCGAUUGUAUGCCAGUAUUCUUCUGAUCUCAUGGAACUGGUUUUUAGGAAUAACACAUCUCAAUCGUAUUCUUUUUGCACAAUUAAUUUUAGACUCUUGGGACUAUAAACUUGGGUUGCAGAGAGCAGCUUUAUUAGUGUAUUAAUGUUGAAGGUUAUCAUAAUUGGACAUUAAAAUAGUUGGGCUGAUGCUAAUGAAUGUGAGUGGAAAUCGGGAACUACAUUUAAAACUAUAAGUAACAUAGUAUUUUAGAAUUUUCUGAGUGUAAUGUUUGAUUAUAAUCUAGCUUUUUAGUGAGAGCACAUGCAUUUUAUGUCUUUCAAAACCCGGAUAAAUUUCUAUUUGCUUAUUUUCAUCAGCUUACUAUAAUGAAAUCCCAGUGCAGGAGGAAUUCCAGAUGUUAAAAAACAGUAUACCAAAUGUCUAGGCAGACUAGUUACAGUUGUACAUGUAUUUUAGGAAUAUGCCAAGAGAAACAGAAAUAUACUGCAUAUUUUGCAUCUUUUUUUGAGUAAUAAAGGUUACUUUUAAUUAUG